ACACAUCAAUCCGCCUCGUCAACCUUAAGAAGCCGCCCUCAAGUCCGACAGUAGCACCUUCCUCCGGUCACAGAACUCACUUUCGUUCUUAAAACAUCUUCACAUCUGUCACCCUCACCUGUCGUUAACAAACAACAUUCUUCUCUGCACAUAAUCAUCACCGCAUCUUCUCAUCAAACAACUACUUUUAUUAUCAUCAUCAACACCACCCCAUCACCAUCAACAUGAAGUCCUUCGCCAUUGCUGCUGCCUUUGCCGGUGCCGCUGUCGCCCUUCCCCAGGGUGUCACCAAGCCCAUUGCUCCCCAGGAGGCCACUCCCCAAGGAUGCUCUACCAACUUCAACGGCCCCUUCAGCCAGGGCCGCACUGGUUACAUUGCUGCCAACAACCAGUUCCAGUUCGACAAGCCUGCCCAGACUGGUGCCAUCUACACCGCUGGCUUCUCCGUCUGCAGCAACGGUACCCUUGCUAUUGGUAACUCUGCCAUCUUCUACCAAUGCUUGAGCGGCGACUUCUACAACCUCUACGACGAGUCCACCGGUGCCCAGUGCUCCCCCAUCUACAUCAACGUCCUCGCUGCUGGUGGUUCUCAGGCCUCCGGUACUGCCGGUGCCGCCACUCAGAUCGGUGAUGGUCAGCUCCAGGCCCCUACCUCCACCCGUCCUGUCACUCAGAUCUCCGAUGGUCAGAUCCAAGCAUCCACCGCUGCUCCCGUCACCCAGAUCUCCGACGGUCAGAUUCAGGCCUCUACUGGAGCCGUCCCUGUUACCCAGAUCUCCGACGGCCAGAUCCAGGCCCCUACCUCGACUGCUGCCGUCGUCACUCAGAUCACCGAUGGUCAGAUCCAGGCUCCCACCUCUGGUGCCAAGGUCACUCAGAUCUCCGACGGUCAGAUCCAGGCCCCUACCACUCGUGCCACUGGUGCCGUUGUCACCCAGAUUGGUGAUGGUCAGAUCCAGGCCCCUACGCGCCCUGCUAACGGCACUGUCGCUUCGCCUACUGCUUCCAGACCUGUUGCCUACACCGGUGCUGCUGCCAUCCCCACUUUCGCUGGUGAGAUGCUCCUCGCCGCUGGUGCCUUGGCCGUCGCCUUCCUGUAAGCGCCUCUUGCUUGCACGCAACAUUCUCUUUUUUUACAACCACUCUCACGACCUAUCCGCCUCCGCCAUGAGAUUCAUGUUGAUAAUGGGCAUAUUGGGCUCGUCGAGAGGGGGUCUGUCUAUUCUUGACAUCCCUCGUCGGUGAGGCAAGGUCAAUACAAGGCU